UUCUGCCCCUUCCCGGAGGGGGGCACAGAGGAGGCCUACCCAAGUGCGGCUCCCCAGAGGGCAGCGCUGCUGCUGGCAGCCCCGCCGAGCCAGGACGGCCAGCGGCUUGGAGGGAGAGGAGGAGGCGGCCACAUCCCCGCCACGACCCGGCUGUCGCCACCCGCGACAGGGCGAGGUGAGGCAUCUGCCGCGGAGCGCGGGGGCAGGCCGCGGCCCACCCGAGGGCAGGCGAGGGCGAGGCCACCCGAGGGCGCGCCCUCCGUGGGCGGGAAGGCGGCGGGGGCCCCUCCUCCUGCCCCCGCCUCAGCCGCGGAGCGCGGUGGGGCCGGGGGCGGACAGGGAGGCUUAGCCCCGCGCCGGACGGGCUAUGAGCGGCGAGCCGUGAGCUAUGCACUCGGGGAACAGCACGGGCACGACCAGCCGGCCCGAGCCCGCCGCGGCGGAGCAGGAGGUGCCGGGCGAGCGGCCCCUCUUCAGCGCCGGCACUUACGAGCUGCUGGCGCUGCUCGUCGCCACCAUCGGCAUGCUGGGCUUGUGCAACAACUUGCUGGUGCUGGUGCUUUACUACAAGUUCAAGCGGCUCCGCACGCCCACCAACCUCUUCCUCGUCAACAUCAGCCUCAGCGACCUGCUGGUGUCCGUCUUCGGCGUCAGCCUUACCUUCAUGUCCUGCCUGAGGAGCCGCUGGGUCUGGGAUGCCGCCGGCUGCGUCUGGGACGGCUUCAGCAACAGCCUUUUCGGAAUUGUUUCAAUUAUGACUCUCACUGUUCUUGCCUAUGAACGCUACAUUCGAGUAGUCCAUGCAAAAGUGAUUGACUUCUCUUGGUCUUGGCGGGCUAUCACAUACAUCUGGCUCUACUCAUUAGCCUGGACUGGAGCACCUCUUUUGGGCUGGAACAGAUAUACACUGGAAAUUCAUGGAUUAGGCUGCUCGGUGGACUGGAAAUCAAAAGACCCCAAUGAUACCUCCUUUGUGCUCCUUUUUUUCCUUGGCUGUCUAGUAGCACCUGUUGGGAUCAUGGCCUAUUGCUAUGGCCAUAUUCUAUAUGCAGUAAGAAUGCUUCGCUGUGUGGAAGAUUUCCAGACAGUUCAAGUGAUCAAACUUCUCAAAUAUGAAAAGAAGGUGGCUAAAAUGUGUUUCUUAAUGAUCUCCACGUUCCUUAUUUGUUGGAUGCCCUAUGCGGUGGUCUCCCUCCUGGUAACAUAUGGCUAUAGCAACCUUGUAACUCCAACAGUAGCUGUCAUUCCAUCAUUCUUUGCCAAAUCAAGCACUGCUUAUAAUCCAGUCAUCUAUAUCUUCAUGAGUAGAAAGUUUCGACGAUGCCUUUUGCAACUCCUGUGCUUUCGCUUGAUGAGAUUCCAGAAGACCGUGAAAGAGACACCAGCAACAGGGAAUGACAAACCAAUACGACCAAUAGUUAUGUCUCAGAAAGCAGGGGACAGGCCAAAGAAGAAAGUGACUUUCAGCUCUUCCUCUAUCAUUUUUAUUAUCACCAGCGAUGACACUCAGGAAAUAGAUGACAACAGUAAACACAAUGGAACAAAAGUAAAUGUCAUCCAAGUCAAGCCACUAUAGGGCUGAGCUAAAGAGACGUGAGAAUGAGAUGGACUUCAGCCAGUAGACUGCUUAGGUUAGAGACUGGUUUUAGUGGCAGUGUCUGUGGGCUGCCAAAGGAAACCACAUUCUUAAGCUGUGAAAUACUGAAGGGAUUCUGCAUCUGAAGCUCUGCAGGUAGUUUGGUUUUGGUCACAGUACUGAAAUCUCUGCAUCCGUGCCAAAAUUGCUGGUGGAUGUCUUUACCUUGGAUUUCCUUAAAGCAUAUUGUAGGAUUGUCAUUCAGGAGAACUUGAUCAGGCUGGAGGAAUGUGUUGACAGAAAUGUUAUAAAGUUCAGCAAGGGCAAGUGCAAAGUCCCAUUCUUGGGAAGGAAGAAUGAUGCUGCAGCACAGCAGGCUGGACCUGGCUGCCUGGGACACAGCUCUGUGGAAAAGGAUGUGGAGUCCUGUUGCUCAGUGAGCAGGACAUGAGCCUGCAGUGUGCCCUGGCAGUAAGGAAGGGCACCAGCAUUCCAGGCUGUACUGACAGGAUCAGAGCCAGUGGUCUGAAGGGAUUAUGCCCUCAGCUCAGCACACAUUAGACCACAUCUAGAUACUACAUGCAGUUUUGGGACCCCAGUGAGAGAUGGGGAGGUUGUCAAUGAGAUGCAGCCAGGCCCUUCAGGGCAAUUCAUAGUGAAAGAUCACGGGCAAUGAGUAUGAACUGAAACAAGAGAGAUUUGGAUGGGAUAUAAGGAGAAGCUUUUUCACCCUGAGUACAGUCAAGCAGUGGAACAAGUCAGAUGAGAGAUUUCCUGAGGUUCCUUUCAGCUUCAGUUAUCCUGUGAUCCCUGAACUGCCAACAUUCCCAGCUCUCAGAGUUAUCAGGGAAGGAGGAAUGUUUGAAGUUGGCUGCAGUUUAGUUGGUCUGAAUUGCUACUUUGCAGGGUCAGGGCUGGUAAAAGUGAUGUAAAUGAUGACUGGGGUUACGGUUAAACCAGAAGCCUCCAGAAAGCUGUCCCUGUGUACUCAGCAAAACAUUUUCUUGGUGCUACCUGGUAGGACCCCUGAGCUACAUAGUGAAGAAAAUCAUGUAAAUCAAAGCACCAGUGAAAAAAGGUCAGUGAAAAGGGAGAAUCAGAAUUUUUCUUUUUUUAUAUGUGCUUUCUGCAUCUUUAUGUGGCAUCCAUUUAUUCUUUACAUGGAUGAAGAGUGUCUUCCUAUAACAAUCCUGAACCUUCUCUGGCACUGGUGAACGUAGUGAUUAGAGAAGAGCAGGGUAACUUUUGCCCGAGUUGUAGUGUGAGUAAUGAUUGUCUUACUUCCAGCUCAGUAAACAGAACAGAUACAGAUUUUUAUAUCCCCCAACACACACACACACACACAUACUUUGUAAGCCUUGCUGGUACAAAAUAGCAACAGGAUUGUGCCCCAGACAUGGCUUGCUGUCAGCAUUUGGUGAGUAAGUUAGAGAACUGAUUUUGAAUUGUGGAAAGUAGUUCUCUACCACAUCCAUUGCACCAGUGUUAACUUCUCUGCCUCAGUCUGCUAAAUGGGCAGUGUGGAUCUGCUAGAUGCAGAUUGUCCAUCUUUGUGAAAGCUGUAAGAAAAACAAUUAAGAAACUACUGGGGACAAAUCUUCUGUGAGGUAUAAAAGGAACAUGUAACUGUUGCCACUGUAGCCAUUGGCCCUGCAGUCAAGAUUAAAAAUUGAAAAGUAAAUAGAAACAGGGUCUAAAUGUAGAAACUUUGAGCUAGUCCCUAGGAGUAGGGAGUGACCUCAUCUCAGAACAAGUGACUGACUUUGUCCUUGUGCCUGUGUUUUUAAAGAGGCAAAUUCCUUAUACGUGCACCUCUAGAGCUUUAGCACUGGUAAACUGGCUGUGUGUCGUGUUUAAAAGUGCAUCUGGAGUCUGCUCUGGUGUCUAGAUUAAAUCAUAUAAUCUCAGAGAAAACAGACAAUACUUGUUGUUGUUUCUUUCAUAUUUUUUAUUUUUGUUUUGCUACAAAUGCAUAGGUAAGUUGUCUUACCAUGUCAAUGAUCUGCCCUUACUAAAGCAUGUUCAUUACAACAUCAAGAACUAAGUUUUCAGCCAGUGAUCACUACUACAUCUAUGCACGUUUAUAUUUACAAAAGGAGAAAGAUGUAAAUUAGCAUUCCAUGUAAUGAGUCUAUCCUUUUAACAAAACAUUUGGCAUUUUAGUAUUUUCUGUGUAUUGAGCCUUCAAUGAGUGAUUAAAUGUACCUUAUUUAUA